UUCGGGAUAUGUGGGCCUAGGGUCAGGGGACAGGGUGAGGCUGGAUUUAGUAUAUGACAAGGUCAGGGGUAAGUCUGUCCAGAUACGAGUGGCCAGAUAGGCCCUUGGCGAUCUGGUCUGCUGUCCCUACUGCCCAAAUGGGGAAACUGAGGCCCCUGACCCUCAUCUGCCCUGCGUUCCUCCUAAUAAGAUCAAGCAGCGACCACCAGAACCUGGAACCCACCUGAGUCCCUCUCCUCCCAGGACUCAUCUCCGCCCCUGCCCCCACCAUGGCCUCCCUGCCCCAGCUCUGAGCAGUCCAGAGUCCCCCGGGGCCCCCAGAUCCCCCUCUCCCCCCAGGUCUGCUGUGCACCUGCUGCAGAACUCCUUUGAUGGCCUCGCCAUAUCCUCAGGGGGCCACCCUAGGGCCUGGAGCCUCAGGGGUGAGGAGGGUUGAGCAGCACUCCAGGGUGUGUGUGGGGGGAUCAUUCUCAUCUCCGCCCAGGGUUUCGGCCCGGGGUCACGCUCUGACACCCCACCCUCCUCUUCCUCUCAGCACCCACCAGGGUCCUCCCUCUCAACCUCCAGCCUUCGUUCCCUCCCGAAUCUAUUCUAAAACUCCCUGCCCCAAAGAGCAACAGAGGCCCCGCCCCGGAUCACGCUAAUGAGACUCCGCGAGGCCCCGCCUCACGGGUUAUGCAAAUAACGCUCCCGGAGGCCCCGCCCCUCUCCCCGCCGCGGAGUCUGCGCUGCGCGGCGCGGCGCGGCCCGGCCGGCCGACGGCGUCUUCAUCUCUGCGUUCGCUCGCUGGCCGGCCGUCUGUCUGUCAGUCCCGCCGCACCGGGGCCGUCUAGGUGGAGCCGGGGCUCAGGCGGCGGCAGUCUAGACCCGAGCAAGCCACGUGGAUGGGGCACUGGACCCAGAGUGCCUACCCUUACCUGCCUGGGCCUCAGUUUCCAAAUCUGUGCAAUGGGGGUGACCAUCCCUGCCCUGCUGGCCGCCAGGAGUGGCUGCCCGGCCUUCACCAUGGCGGGAGGGAGACCUCAGCUGAAGAGGAGUUUCUCCAUCAUUCCCUGCUUUGUCUUCGUGGAGUCGGUGCUGCUGGGCAUCGUGGUCCUGCUUGCUUACCGCCUGGAGUUCACGGACACCUUCCCCGUGCACACCCAGGGCUUCUUCUGCUAUGACAGUACCUAUGCCAAGCCCUACCCAGGGCCUGAGGCUGCCAGCAGAGCACCCCCAGCCCUCAUCUACGCCCUGGUCACCGCUGGGCCCACCCUCACGAUCCUGCUUGGGGAGCUGGCACGUGCCUUUUUCCCUGCACCACCAUCAGCCAUCCCCGUCACUGGGGAGAGCACCAUUGUGUCCGGGGCCUGCUGUCGCUUCAGCCCCCCGCUGCGGAGGCUGGUCCGCUUCCUGGGGCAGGUGGUGACCGGCAACCCGACGCCGCACUUCCUGUCCGUGUGCCGCCCCAACUACACGGCCCUGGGCUGCCCGCCACCCUCACCGGACCGGCCAGGGCCCGACCGUUUCGUCACUGACCAGGGUGCCUGUGCUGGCAGCCCCAGCCUUGUGGCCGCUGCGCGCCGCGCUUUCCCCUGCAAGGACGCUGCCCUUUGCGCCUACGCCGUCGCCUACACAGCGAUGUACGUGACGCUCGUGUUCCGCGUAAAGGGCUCCCGCCUGGUCAAACCCUCACUCUGCCUGGCCCUGCUGUGCCCCGCCUUCCUGGUGGGCGUGGUCCGCGUGGCUGAGUACCGCAACCACUGGUCUGACGUGCUGGCCGGCUUCCUGACAGGGGCGGCGAUCGCCACCUUUCUGGUCACCUGUGUCGUGCACAACUUCCAGAGCCGGCCACCCUCUGGCCGAAGGCUCUCCCCUUGGGAGGCCCUGGGCCAAGCCCCCACCAUGGACAGCCGCCUCGAAAAGUUAAGUGUGGCCCAGGAACCCGAGGCCUGCAGGCCGCAUUCGACACCGGCACGGCUCACCCCAUCCAAGCCGCAGAACUGCGCCCACCGUGGCCACCUGAUCCCCAGCUGCGUGUCCUCCAGGGCUCCAGCCAUGUGUUCAUCACCCCGUGUGCCCCGCCCUCGACUGAGGUCUGAGCCAACACCCUUGCCUCUGCCCCUGCCCCUGCCAGCACCAACCCCCAGCCAGGGCCCCUCGCCCUCCUCCCCUGGGCUUGGGGGGCCGGGCGGGGGUGGUGGCCGUGGCCGGAAGCUGCUGCUGCCCACACCCCUUCUGCGGGACCUGUACACCCUUAGUGGACUCUAUCCCUCCCCCUUCCACCGGGACAACUUCAGCCCUUACCUGUUUGCCAGCCGUGACCACCUGCUGUGAGGCCCAACACCCACCCAGAAUCUGCCCAGUCCCCAUUUCUUCCCUGCCACGCGUGUGUGUGCGUGUGCUGUGUGAGUGCCAAAGCCCUUGUCCCCAAUCCAGCCAGGCCCAGACAUCAGAGGAUGGCUGGAAGGACAUCCAGGGGACCCCGUGCCUCUCUUGCCCUCUGGGACAUCCAAGUGGGCAUAAUUGGGAGAUGGGUCCUUGCCUCCGAGGAUUGCCCUUUUAAGGGCCAAAGCCUGAUUCUACUGGCCAUUGCCCAGCCAAUGGGAGUCCCCCAGUUCUCAGAAUUCUGGCCAAAAGGAGUUCACUCCAGCCAAUAGGAGCCUCCCCAUCAUUUCUUAGAAUCCUCAGGCAAGAGGGCAACUCUAGCCAGUGUUCAGCGUCUGAACAAUGAAUAGGAGUCCUUGGUUCUCAGAAUUUCUAGGGUGGGUGGGUAUGAUUCCAGUCAAUGGGGGACCGCCCAUGUCUAAGCAUGUGCAAAGGAGAGGAGGGAGAUGGGGUCAUCUUUUGUCAUCGGGUCCUCUCUCCUCAGAAUCAGAGAGUCCAACUGGAGGGUGGGGGGCAGGCUCCCCCGUGGCAGGGUCCUUGGGGUACCCCUUCCUCUCUCAGCCCCUCCCUCAUGUGCAAUCUCUCACCCAGUCCCUCCUAACUCCCAGCUUAUGCAGGGCUUGCCCCAGUUCAGAGGUUUUGGAGUUCAGGGUGCUGCAUCCUUCCUUGCCUGUGCCCAGGUCACCCCAAAUCCUUCUGUUAUUUAUUAGGGCCGUGGGGAAGGAGUUUUUUUUCUUAGAACCCACCCCUGUUCUUCACACUGCCCCCCAUGCCUCAGCCUUGUACACAUGUGCCAUCAUAGGGGCACAGGUGGAGCAAAGAGGGCUCCCCACUCCAGGCAGCCGAAGGCAGUGGGCAGGGGAGACACUGCCCCCUUUUCCUGCCCCCUCCUCAUCUUUAAUAAAGACCUGUUUGUAACAGAA